AUGGAAGGUGAAGGAGACAUGAACAAUAUGUCUAUAAACGGCUCCCCUGAUCGUUUAGGCGAUGACAAUGCCGGCUUGAAUUAUUCAUAGGAAAUGGAUGCUAAAGCUAAAUCUCUAGCAGAAGUUAAAAGACGCAGAAAAGAAAUUGAGAGAGAUGCAUAGUUACUAGCUAAUCGCAUUGCUUUGUUGAAACAAGAGGAAAUGAAAACAUGGAAAAAGAUUGAGGAGACUAAAAAGAGAACUGGAGAGAUCCAGAAUCUUAAAAAACGUAAUGAGGAAAAAGUUUAGAAGAAAGUUGUUGACUUGUAACUCAAUAUGGAAAACCAAAAGAUGAAUCAAUAGAAUAACUUUAUGAUUUAAAAGCAGAGGUAGGAUGAAAAGAGGAAAAUUCAAGAGGCGAUAUAUCUAUCAAAAUUAGAAGAAGUUAAGCAGACUAAAAUGAUUAAGCAGUAAAAUGAUCAAAAGAAGAGACAUAUUAACAUGAAGGUGGAACAAGAGAAUAAGAUGAAAAAUCAAAUGAUUCUUCAAUAAAAGAGACUAGCAUAAUUGAAAAUUGAAGACGAUAAGAGAAGAAGAGUUCAUUCAGUGAAGAGAGACGUAGAAAAGAGAGUAGAUGAUGAGGGAAGAGUAAAGCAAAUGAAAGAACAAGAGGUUAUGCAAAUGGAAAUGCUUGAGAUGGAACUUAUCAAAAAGUUACAGAACACCCAAGCUAUAUAAAAAGAAGCCUAUGCUGAGCUAGAGAAGGCACUUAGUUAACCUAAUAAAAUGAUUGGCUCCUAUUUGCUUAAGAAUGUCAUACCCAGUACAAAGGCAAGAGGAGGCGGUUAGGGAGAAAGCUCACCUAAUCAGAAUAAUAGUCAAAUUAUGUGA